UGUCGGGCGCGUCAGGCCGCUGACGCGGCUGGACCUCAUGGUGCGCCGGGCUCCGGCCAGAGACCGUCCACCAGUGCUGACACCGACCAAACACUGCCUACCAGUGCUGAUGACUGGCGCCAUGCUGACCGACUGUGACCCGACCGUGACCCGACGCUGAUCACUGACCCGAGCGGUAUCAGCCGUACAGGGCCCGCCCGAUCCGCUAACCCGAGGUCGGCCCCGGCAGUGCGGUCCAACGCGGACGGUGGAGGCCCUAAGCAUCGGGACAGGGAGAGCGCAGUAGAAUGCAGUGGACGUUUCCGACUACCGUGCUGCUCCUGCUGCUCCUGACACAGAGAAUCCAGGCCAACUUCAUGUUACAGCGGCUCUCCAACCUCCUCGCUCAGAACACCGUGGAGCGGGCGGCGCUGUGUCCGCCCCUGUUCUCGGAGGUGCGCGGCCGCUGCUACCACUACGGCUCGUUCCUGGCCAGCUGGUUCCGGGCAGCCGAAUAUUGUCACAGCAUGGGAGAGCAUGUCAGCCUGGCCUGCGUGGACGACUCGGUCGAGAACUGGGCCAUUAAACGCUGGCUCCUCUUCAACGGCGAUCACAAGACGGGCGCGUGGAUAGGAGGAUCGGACAACGGCCACCACGGCAUUUGGGCCUGGUUUCCGACGGGUCAGCAGGUGCGGUUCGCCGACUGGGGGCCGUCGCAGCCCACCGGCGGUGAUCAGCACUGCAUGUACAUCGUGGGCGGCAUGCUGGGCUACCAGUGGGCCGACCUACACUGUGACUUCGAGAUGAACUUCAUCUGCGAGUACCGUGCCAACCAGGUCACGCCGUGGUGGCGUUAGACCGGCGAUGGGCCGGUCUGGAGGAGCCACCCCGUCCAGCAGGAGCCUUUCAACUGACCUGGCGUAACGGCUCCCCCACAGACGACUAGCACGCACCCCGGAGCGGCGGCGACAGCGGCUCCCGCUGGAUUGGCGGGAGCCGCACUGCUCCCUCUGGAUUCCUGUGCGUUCGUGACGGGUGACCGGUGGCCGACCGCGGGCCGAUGGCGUCGUGGCGGGCUGCCUGUGGCCGAGUCCUGGCCGAUGGCGUCACGCCGUGGCCGGCGGACGGACGCCGCGCUGUAAUGGACGCUCGGCCACGUCCAGAGA